CCCCCCGGGCAACCGUGCAGCAGGAGUCGCAAUGCCGCCCGGCUGCCGCUUCUUUCGUCCUCGCGGGCUCCUCGCCUCCUCGUCGUCGUCUCUCUCAUCCUUCGCCACCUCCAGGCGCUUCGCCCCCUUCACCUCGUUCUCCUCGUCCACGCCCCCCGGUCGCUCGCUCACGGCUGUAGCCGCAACGAGGAGGCGCCCGGGCCUAGGCCUAGACGUCUUCCGCGGGCCCCCCGCCCUCGCCUGGAUUACCAGUCGGGGACCCCGCGGUGGCGGCGGCGGCGGUGGUGGCGAUGUCGCCGCCCCGUCACGUGGAUUUCGCACGGCCGAGCUGCGGUUAAGCUACGACCUGAGGCAGGUGGACCUGACCUCGACGGAGAGCCGCAAGUUCCACUUUGACACGCACGCCAUGGUGUGUCUCUUGGAGAGCAAUGGGUUCACCACGGGGCAGGCGGAGGUGUUGGUCGCUGCCCUCGUCAAGAUCCUCAGCGCCAACAUGGAGGCCGUGUACCGUGAAAUGGUCACCAAAUCCCAGCAGGAGAUCAUGCUACAGCAGGUGAUGGCACAUCUGGCCGCUGUCAAGAAGGACAUGAUCAUUCUGGAGAAGAGUGAAUUCUCGGCGCUGCGAAACGACAACGAGAAGAUGAAAAUAGAGCUGAUUCAUCUGAAGAAACAUUUUGAGGAUGAAUUCCUCAAAGUGAAAUCGGAUGCCAAGCUCGACAUGAACCUGGAGAAAAGCCGCGUGAAGGAAAUGUUUUCUGACCAGGAAAAGAAACUCCUGGAGAUGAGGACGGAAAUUGUGGAACUGCAUGCGGAGGAGAACCGAGCGCUCACCAACACCAACAACCGCAUUGACACGGAGAUCGCCGGCCUCAAGACCAUACUGGAGUCCAACAAGCUGGACACCAUCAAGUACCUCGCAGCAUCUGUGUUUACGUGUCUGACCAUCGCCCUCGGAUUCUACCGACUCUGGUCCUGAUUCGCCCGAGCCGCUCGGGGCGAGGAGGAGAAGUCCCUGGGGGCGGGUGAGCGAGUGAGUUGUUGACUCUGGAAGAAACGGGUUUUGGAACCUUGGAAGAAUUGCAGCUCCUUGGACGUGCGUGACCCGAGCAGAUUUCCAGUUUGCAGUGCAUGUGCCGUUUGCUUGAUAUCCGUCGCUUUAGCACACCGCUUAGAGCAGCAGGUGGAAUAUCGGGGCCAAGUUUGUUGUCUUCGGAGUCCUUAGAGACGGUUCUCAAGCACGGUGACGUGUGCUCGGACUGGGCCUGGAGUUGUGUAAGAGAAGUCUGCCUUCUCUCGGUACAUUUCCGUGAGUUUCGCCCGAGCCUCUGCUGCCCCAGCGGCGUUGUUAAGCAAUGGGUGUCAUUUUCUACGUGUUUACUCAAAAGAUGAGCGUCUGUACAUGUAUAGCCCCUUUUGUCAAGACACUGUUGGGUGAUAAUCUCCCCCACGCCAUGCCGGUUGCGGGGGUUAUUUUACCAUGCUUCACCACGCUGGUCAGUGCAGGUUGGUGAAAAUAAGUCCUCAUUAAUUUCAACAUAUUUUGAUGGAGAGACGAGAGGAGUGUGAGAGUGUGUGUAGCCUCAAAUCAACUGUAAAUCAGGGCAUUAUAAACUUCUGCUGCCACGUUGUCUAAUCCAGACCUAAGCUUCAUGCUGCCACAGGUAAUUCAUUUUAUUUUAACGCAUUGAGUACCAGUCGCAUAUUGACUCGGGGACCAUUUUAAAGGAUAGUAGCCGGGAUUUCUCGACAUUUUUUGCAUUAGCUAUACCAAGACAGCGACCUGCCAUUGUUAAAAGGCCCUAUACUGGCAUGUGAAUUGCACUCAAUUGUUUCUGCAGUUUAAAUGUAUUCUGAUCAUUUGUCAAUGGGGAGGGUGAGGAGGGAUGAGGAGGUGUGGUGAUGAGGACAUGAGGUGGUGCGCGGAUGUUGGUGCCAUCUUGCCGUUGUGGUGAUGGUCGCCGUGAUAUGGCGAUAUUACGAUAUCGUAAAUGAUAUAAGGUCCAGAAUUAUCGCAAUGUAAUUUUUGCUAAAUAUGAUUAAAUCGUGAUUAUUGUUGCUUAUAUUUCAAAUUUUUUUUAUUUCCUGACAAAAUAUGAAAUAACAGUUCAAAGUUCACUAAUUCUAGAUAUAUAGCUAUUAUCCAUUAAAUUAGUGGUUAGUUCAAUUUUUUCCAGUUACGAUGGAAUUCAUUUUCAGACAGCAUGUGCGUUAUAGAUUUAAAAUUUGCAAUAAUUAAAAGACUUAUGGCGGGCUCAUGUUAAGUGAACCGCAGUAUAACUUUUCUUAAGUGCUCCAUAUUAUUAAUCAACAUUCAUCAAAGCAUUAAAGAUUGAAUACAAAUGCUAAAUACACCAAGUUAUGGGAAAAUUAUCUCGUGAUAAUCAUGUCGUCAGAAAAUAUAUCGCCGCAACGAUAGUGGUGAGUAGGAGGCCAAGUAUGUUAGUUAAGUCCCAAGGUCAGAAUUGCGCGAGUGAGAAUGCGUGAGCUUUAUCAAUCCUUGCAAACGAGAUGUGGGCAUCAUUACACCUUCACUUGCCUGCCGUAUCAGCUGUGACACGACAUUUCUUGCUGAAACGACAGAAAAGUCACUGUAUCAGCUUGCCUGCUGAUUCUCGAAUACCUACCACAGCAGCAAGUACAUGAGCUUUGCUGCUCAUGUGAUUUUUUGUGUUGACUUGCAAUCGGCGCUAUCGCGCUUUUAUGAUAUCAUCUUUCAUAUACAGUAUUCUCAGAAUUCUACUGCACCACAGUCAUUGAUUUGACUGAAAAUAUCUUCACAGAGGACUUGCAGUGUAAUUUGUUGGUGCCGGCUCAUCGCCGUGGCUGCCAUCCUGCUGCCUGUCUGUGGGGAGUGGUGGUGUAGUGGUUGGCGCUGCGCUAUGAACCUGGCCACCCGAGUUCGAUUCCCGCUCAUGGCCAACACCAGUGACGAUUAUUUGAACCGAUCUUGGGCCUCCCCUAGGUCGACUCAGCCUCAAAAUGAGUACCUAGCGCAGUGUGUAGUAAACAUCGCCACUUGGGAGACAAAGGCGAUCGGGCGUGGUGCCGGCCACUCACACUCCCUCAUGUGCUGUGUCGGCCUUCAUAGGUUCUCGCUAACAGCACUUCCCCAACAGUCUGUUAAGGCUAUACGGGGGAGCUUUGUCUUGUCUUUGUUGUCUGUGUUUCCUCCGCGAUUGUGAGAUUCAAUUUGUUUGAAGGACACAACAGGAAACGACAACAAUAUUACAAGAUGCGCAAGAAAGUUAGACGCACACCAAGCUUGUGGCCCGGUUGUCGAUUACAAAUGCCUACGACUUGCGUUAGCGACCCGCUGCACAAAUUGUUGUGCGCUAUAUAAAUCAGACUUAUUUCAUUAUAAAAAUCUGGUUACGCAUGUAACCCAACUGGCACUCACAAUUUUUAAUAUAAAAUACAAGGAAAAAUGUGUCUUAUCUGGAGAAUAUGGUAAAAAUGUGUAAUUUGCAUAAAAUCAUUUGGCUUAUUGGAAUGUACAUAAUCAUUUAAGCGUUACUAUUAAUGUCUGAAGAAAUGUGUAUGAGGGCUGGUGUUUUUUAUGUAAUGUGUGUGUUAGAAUUAUGAUUCCCAUCAUGCAUUACUGCCACCCUCUUGCUCUGUACGACUGCCUCUCUUUCUCUAAACUUGGACUAAGUCUGUAUUGAUGUGCGUAGUCAGCGUGACCUCUGCAUGUCUCUUAAGCCAGGCUUAAGGCAUGGAGUCGGGGGGUGGAGGGGGGAAACUGGUAGUGGUGCAGACUGUGUCUUUGGGAUCCCGUUCUAAAUCCCCUUCCAUUGAAUGCCCUUUACUUGAAGGAGGUGUGCCCCGUAUAGUGCAUAUCAAGUGUAAGCGGCGCUUAAUACACACACACCACCAUUCAUGAGCAGUGAAGCUACGUCACUUGUGGACCACCAGUGGAGUGCCGAUUUGAGCUGCGUUCUCCACUACCCUACUAAUUUCCAUAUGAAUGUAGUCGCUAAUCAGCCACACAGCUGUAACAGAAGCUGUAUAAUGGUGAACUUUUUCCUGUCGGUAUUGUCUCUUCGUUACAGUUAUAUCCAGUCGCAGUGGCGGAGCUAUCCGGUGUUGCAAGUGGUGCAACUGGGUUACGAAGAGGUGGGCGAGGUGGGAAACUAGACGGGGGAGGGGAGGGUUCAUUUCAUUCCUUGCACCAGGGCCAAUGCUAACGAGACGACGCUACUGGUCCAGUAAUUGUGAUCGCACACCCGUGGACAAUUGUAAAACCCCGACUGUGCCUUGAUUUUAAUGAUUGGCAAGAGCAUGAAACCAGACCAAAGUAUUUCCGCCGCAUACUUCCCAAUAGGACAUUUUGGCUGUUGAGGCUUAAUGUGCGAAAAGUUGAUUGUGUGUUCUGGCUAUAAAUGAAAUUGAAUUAAAUCUGGGACGAUUUCAGGGCAGUUGCCAUAAAGUGUCGGGUCGUGACAUUUACAAGGUUGCGGUAAAACGGAUGAACUGAGGAUGCUGCGACAUGAACUUUUGAGAUGAUAAAAUAAAUCGGAUUUGAUUAAUCGCACAUCUUUUUC